GAGUUCAGUCUCAGAGCAGAGCUGAGAUUAAUAAAGCGCGCAGACUCAGCUGAACUAAACCAGACCACCUGCUGCAGUAAUGGGUUGUUAUGAGUGUUGUAUGCGGUGUCUGGGGGGCGUGCCGUACGUGUCGGUGGUGGCGACGCUCCUCUGUUUCUCUGGAGUCGCUCUGUUCUGUGGAUGUGGACACCAGGCUCUAACUGAGACCGAGAGACUCAUAGAGAACUACUUCACUCGCAACUCACAGGAUUACAUCACCCUCGCCUACCUUAUCGAGUAUUUCCAGUACAUCAUCUACGGCCUGGCCACCUUCUUCUUCCUGUACUGCAUCGCUCUGCUGGCUGAGGGCUUUUACACCACCAGUGCGGCGCGGCAGACGUUCGGGGAGUUCAGGAGCACAGUGUGCGGCCGCUGCCUCAGCACAUCCUUCAUUGUGAUCACGUAUUUCCUGGCCGUGGUCUGGCUCCUGGUGUUCGCCCUGUCAGCGCUUCCCGUCUUCUUCUUCUACAACAUGUCCAGCACCUGCCGCACCGUGGACGUCCUCUCCGAGACGCCCUCCAGCAUCAACCAGCUGUGUGUGGACGCCCGGCAGUACGGUUUGCUUCCCUGGAACGCCAUGCCGGGAAAAGCGUGUGGGAUGACCCUGUCUAACGUCUGCAAAACAAGGGAGUUUUUCCUGACCUAUGAUCUCUACAUCGCCGCCUUCGCCGGAGCCGGGAUCACGCUGCUGGCCCUGCUGACGUAUGUGGUCUCCACUACCUAUAAUUUUGCGGUGUUGAGGUAUCUGGGGAGGAAGGGUUUGGCUCCGCGGUGUUAAAACCUCCCCUCCUUAAAUCCAUGCUGUCCAGUCUGUUUCCACACGAGACACUUGAAGAAAUCUGAUCUCCUGCCUGUUCAGCAGCACUCUCUCAUCUUCAUCAUCAUCUUCAUCAUCAUCUUCAUCUUCAUCAUCAUCAUCUCCUCCUCCUCCUCCUCCUUCAGCCUGAGGAGCAAUCUCUCCUUCAUACUCUCUGCUCUCAGGCUGCAGUUCAGCUUUUUGCCCAGCAGGUGGUGCUGUAGUUCUGAAGCCUGCGGGGCGAGUGGGGAACAAUUUAACACAUUUAGUUUUUCUGCUAAAUAUAUAUAAUUUUAACUAUCUGAGCAAAAUGUAUUUGAUUAUUUUACAUUAAAACUACCUGCAGAUCUUGAGUACAGAUUUUUAUACUAGAAAUAAUUCUGCUGAAAGUCCUAUAGGGUUAAUUUUACAUUUCUAAUUACAAGUCUGAAUGAUAGUAAAUAAAAAAAAAGUCUAAUUGAUGCAAAAUCCAAUUUUGUUUAAUAAAAAAAAUGUUUUCUGAUCAACAAAAAAAAUCUAUUUCAAAAAAUGAGAAAUUUUAGUUUUAACAUGUAUUAAAAAAAAUUUAAAGAUUAUUAAAAACAGUCUGCAUCAAAUAGCAAACAGUACAGUUUUCUCAUCAUUCUUUUGAUGAGGUUUAACUGUAAAAACGCUGCAUUAAAACUAAGCCCACAGUCUGGAGGCUGUAUUUAGAUUUAGAGUAUUUAUAUCAGAACAGGUUAUGUUAUGUUAGAGCCACCUAGAGGGAAAUUAAAGUAUAAUAAUGUGAAUUCUGCAUUUGCAUAACUUUGCGAUGGGAAACAAAAACAAUCUUUAAGGUGAAUCUCUAGACAUAUCUGUCCUGUUGCUGUUAAAAUAUAAAAAAAUGACCAAAAGCUUGAUUUAUUUCAGUUUUUAUUAAUAUAGGAACAUAUAAAACAUGGACGUUACAGUUUACAGUGUUAGGUUGGGCCUCACUGUCCCCUAUAAUCAAAUAAAUCCACAUUUUCUGUGUGAUUUUUGUGCCUUUUCUGUCUCCCCUGCUGGACAAAAACUGUUGUAACAUUUGAGAUUUUGCAUUUUUUGUCUUUUUUUAAUGUAAAUCUUUUAUUUUAAUUAUCAAGGCGCUGCUGUUUACACUUGUUUAUUUUAUUUUUUUAUGUUUGGCUUGCGACUCCAAAUGGCAUUCUUGUGUCUUGUUGUUUUAAACCUAGUGCCUGCAUCCCGUCUAAGUGCAGGAUGAUGAUGAUCUUGCUAUUAUUAUUAUUAUACAGUUUUUUACUUAAAUCAUCCAACAUGGGUGUUAAUAUGUAGCAUAUUUGCAUAUUAGCAUAGUUUAUUAGUUUAUGUGUAAACGAAUGGUAGGAAUUUAUUUUUAUUUGGAUUUUUUAUUUUAUUAGUAUUUUUAUUCUUUGCACGGGUCGGCGCCAAAAACAGCUCUCUCCAGUUGCUGAUGACUGGUUACUAUGGUGACAGUCUCCCACAUCUGGUUGCCAUGGUGCCAGACACAGCAAAAUGUGCGCCUAGUUACCGUGACCUCGGCACUUUCUUUCUGGUCACUGUCUUCAGAUCAGUAGUAGAUCACUAAUGUUCACAAAACAGGUAAAAAAAAAGCCCAAAUAUGAAUUAUUACAUCAAACCUGAUACAGGUGUGUCUGUUGUUGAGAAGCGUGAACAACAAAAACACACUGAAUCUGAUAUUCAGAUUCAGAUUCAGGAUGUGAUUUGUGGUUUCUGGCUUCCCAGACUAUCAAAAAUAUAUCUGGAUACGAGGGGUGGGCGAUAUGGCCCUAAAAUAACAUCAUGAUAUUUCAUUUUUUUGAUUUUGUGAUAACGAUACUCUUGGCGAUAUGACAAAACACUGAAAUUAAAUUUAAAUGUGAUAAGGAUGUGAUAAUUAGGGGUGGUUGAUAUGGCACCAUAUUUCAGGGUAUAAUAUCAUUAUAGUUCACCAUAUUCAUCAUCAUCAUCAUCAUCAUUUUUAUUCACACAUAUAUGUUUAAAACAAUUCAAAAAUGUUAGUGAUAUUAUUGUGUAUGAUACGAUAUGACUGGCAGCCAGAGUGGCCCAAAUUAUAUUUUUAGUAUAUCUAGAUUGUAUCCAGAUUAAUUUUAAAAGUGUAAAAAGCCAGAAAUCAUGAAUAAGACAUUUGGAGGUGGUUUGACAUGUGAUUAGGGUCUGAUUUGUACUGAUGUGUCUCUGUCUGAACGCUUAAUUCAGAUGCGUUUUAAUACGUCAACAAACAACCUAAAGCUACGUUCACAUUACUCUAAACCACGUUGCUCAAAUCGGCUAUUUUGACGCUUCACAAAAAUGUCUGAUAUUUUCUAUUUUAGCGCCAAUCCCAUUAAAUACAUUAUAUUUGACCCCUGUGGAAACACACUUAAAAACACUAAACUGCAUUUUUCCAGGAUGUUUUUCUUGUUUCUGACCAGAAACACUUAAACAGAGAUUGUGUCGUCCUAAAUAUGAGAUUCUGAGGUGGAAUUAAAGGCAGGACAUGUCUGAGACGCUGAGAGGAUGAAGGCCUUAUAUUAUACUGUAAUUUUGUACAGUUUAGACUUCAGGACCUAGAAUUGAAACAGGCUUGAAUUUCUUUUUGUUUUUAUUAGUUUUUCUUUAAUAUUUCAGAAUGCACUGACCUGUAUAUUAGUGUGUUUAUGUUAAUACUGAGAGCUGAUUGGAGGGACGGAUGCUUCUGUAUUUCCCCUGUAACUGUAUCAGGAGAGAAUGAGUAGUUAUUGUAUAACACUGUUCUUUUAUAUUAUUAUUAUUAUUAUAACUAUUAUUAUUUAGCUAGAUCCUAAUUACUAAUCCUAAUGAGAUGUAAAUUACACUUUUCAUUUCUUUUUAUCUGGUAUUAACAAUAUUUGUUAGUUUUUUUCUUAGUGUUUCAGUGUGUAAAUUAUAUUAUGUUUUCCUGUUUAUAACCUGUUGUCCGGCUUUGGUUUUGCUAUGUUCUGUUCAGAGAGUUUGAGUUUGGAGGACUUUGGUAAUAAAGUGAAAUAAAUGCCGUUCAGUGUU